UUUCCACCAUGUAUUUUUCCUAUAGGGGAUUUUAGAAACACUUAAAAUAAUGGCUGUGUUUCGUGUAGAUCUACCCUGGCGUAAUGUUUUGAUAACCGUCUAAAUCUCUUUCGGACAAGGUGACUUUUAUCAAUAUAUUUUCUUGAAUUUACACCCCCCAAAAAUGAAAUGAUAAUUAGUUGCUAAUGUGGGUGUCAUAAAGAACUACAAAUGUCAUGAUGAUCUGGACGAGACUGCCGAAUCGAGGCAAUGAUAAGAAUCUAAGGGAUUAACUAUCUAAUGUUAGCUAAAUAUAGUAAUGACUAAAUUGACAUAUUCUGUGAACUGUUUUGUGCACGUUUUUAAUGGCACAAUACCUGUUAGCAAAGGUGUCAGCUAGGGAUAAAAUGCAGAAGCUUGUAGGGAUUUGUAAUCUGCAUUUUCGUAUCUGAGUGGAAUAUAUUGACAAGUCAAUUUGGCCAGGAGAGAUUUACAUGGUUAUCAAAACGUCACGCCACGCCACAGAGGGAAAUGCUCUCCCUUCAGUCCCAGACUUUGGAAAGGCAUACCAUGUCAAAGGUGUGAUCUCCCUGCCCUAUGCUGAGAUAAAGGAACCAUUUGAGGCCUGGUUCGACCUGAAGGGGAGGACCAGCCGUAUCGACUAUUACCACGGCCAGGUGUCGACGUACCAGAUGGGGAUGGAGCUUCCUUGGGGAUCAUCCUAUAAGAUCACUCCUGAGACCACAGAGGUGGAGCUAAACAUUAUGAAGUGUUUCCAGGUCAAUGGCACAGAAGAAGAGCCAGUCACACCUCAAGGAUCCCUACCUGACCUCCAGGGGUUCAUGUUCCUCAGGAUGGAGUACUAUGGAGGUGUGCUCUGUGAGGUCUGGCAGAAUGUGACAGUAGUCGGACACAAGAAGAAUACCUACACACUCUGGGUGACACGCCCUGAAGGAGGGGUUAUGGGAGGAGCUGAGCUGACCACGCCCCUAUACUACGAGAUGAUGGGCUACAACACCCUGCUGGGGUCCCAUUAUGAUAAAUAUCUGGUCGACUACAAGGAGUUCAGCUCAAAGUUUGACCCCAAAGUCUUUGCCCUGCCUGAUGGGAUGAGCUGUGGUUCAUUUCCUGGUCCGGGGGUGGAGCACCACCUGCUGGCCAAUCCGAUGAAAGAUCUGAUUCACACUUCCUCGUUAGGCCAUGCCCAGCGGUUGUUCGGCCACUUCAAGGAGCAGUUUGGGCGUCGUUAUGGUGACGAGAGAGAGCAUGAGAAGAGAGAGCACGCAUUCGUUCAUAACCUCCGGUAUGUCCACUCUAUGAACCGUGCUGGCCUGUCGUUCUCCCUGGGGGUCAACUCUCUGUCUGACCUCACCAUGUCGGAGAUGUCUGCGAUGAGGGGCAGAAAUAGAGGGAAGAGGCCCAACAACGGCUUGCCGUUCCCCAUGCACCUAUACACUGGAGUACAGGUCCCUGAUCAGCUGGACUGGAGGCUCUAUGGUGCUGUGACUCCGGUGAAGGACCAGGCCAUCUGUGGUUCAUGUUGGAGCUUUGCCACCACUGGAGCAGUAGAGGGCGCUCUCUUCCUGAAAUCAGGGUCCCUCCAGGUCUUGUCCCAGCAGAUAUUGGUAGAUUGUAGCUGGGGCUUUGGUAAUAACGGAUGUGAUGGCGGAGAGGAGUGGAGGGCCUAUGAGUGGAUCAUGAAACACGGAGGCAUCGCCACUACGGAGACCUAUGGUUCCUACAUGGGCAUGAAUGGCCUGUGCCACCUCAACACUUCUCAGCUGACAGCUCGUGUCCAGAGCUACACCAAUGUGACGUCAGGUGAUGCCGAGGCGCUGAAGGUGGCGUUGUUUAAACACGGCCCAGUGGCCGUCAGUAUUGACGCAGGACAUAGAUCCUUUGUCUUCUACAGCCACGGGGUCUACUAUGAACCCAAAUGUGGAAACACAACUGACUCCCUGGACCACGCGGUGCUUGCAGUGGGUUAUGGUGUCAUGGGGGCGGAGCCUUACUGGCUGGUGAAGAACUCCUGGUCAACCUACUGGGGAAACGAUGGGUACAUACUGAUGUCUAUGAAGGAUAACAACUGUGGUGUUACAACUGAUGCUACGUAUGUUACACUGGCAUAGAGCGAGGGAGAAACAUGAAACGCACGCACAGGAGUUACCAUUCCUUUUUAAAUGAUAGGAGGGGGUAUUUGAAAUUGGAAUAAUAUCAGAAGUGUGUGUGGUGCAUGGGAUGAAGUAAUGUCGUUUAGGCAGUAAGAUUUUUAGACAUGUUUAUUGCUGGUUGGCGCACGGUGCCUUUCGCUCCCUUUCAUAUACACACUUUGUCACAAACGUGCGCACACACUGAAUCAUGCUAUACGCACACUUGUGCUCUGGAAUCGUGGAGUCAUCUCAAUAAAUGUGGAAUGUUUUUGUA